AUGCGCUCGUUCAUGAGCCUUAUGGGCGCGGACCCUUCGCAGGACCAUCUCCAUGCCUUCGAAACCUCCUGGCUCUUCUCGCCCUUCGUCCUCGGGUGCAUUCGAGCUGCCUUCUCGCUCUAUGCUUUCGUGACCAUAUUCUUCAUCAUCGGAUGGCGGGCAGUGCACCACCAGGUCGACAACAUGAAGGACAUGUUCGUCUACUUCACCAACCUGAGCUACUGGGGAGUAGCUUUCUACUUCCUCUUUGCCGCGAUUCACAGCUUCGUCUACGCGCGGACGGGACGCUCCGUGUUCUUCGAUAAGGCCCCGCGGUUCCUGCGCGCGCUGCAUAGCUUGCUCUAUUCGUCGAUUAUCAUCUUACCGAUCAUUGUCACGAUACUGUACUGGACACUGCUCUUCGGCGGCCCAUGGUUUCCAGAGGUUUUUGAGGCCUGGUCAAAUGCAAGUUAUUUUUAUUUUAUUUUAUUUUUAUUAUAUUUUUUUGGUAUCCUUCCCGCAACAGUUUCCAAGCAUAUUAUGCAAACUGGAUAUGCCAUUUUUGAGCUCGUUAUCCCAGCUACGGAACCUCUUCCGCUCCUCCAUCUGCCAUUCCUCAUCAUCAUACUCCUCCUAUACACAGCGUUGGCCUUCCUCAACCACUCGAUAAACGGAUUUUAUACCUAUAGCUUCCUUGACCCUGGAGUUAACGGUGAGCGCAGCAAUCUGGUGACCGGAUACUCGUUUGGGAUUGCCAUUGGGACUGCUCUUCUGUUCAGUGCAUCAUGGUUUAUAAUCUGGUUAAGAAAGCGCCUGACCGGCGGCAAGAGAAUUCUUGCAACACUGCCAGUACGAGUGGACGAAGAAAUAGCGAUGGGUCCAGAAAAGUGA